ACAACAGUAACAGCAUCCCCACCACUAUCCUCAGACUCUGAGUGGAAACAGGAGAGAAAGUGUGUGUGUGUGAGUGUGAGAGAGGAGGCUAUUCACAUCACUCAAGAAGAGUAGGCGUGCUCUUGUAGGCUACGCUGCAUCGUUUGAUGAUCUCCCCGGUUCCCCGUGAACCUCGACUCUGCGCUCUCAGUGGGUGAGGUCGGUGGAACGACUACGCGGAGUUUUCCUGCCAAAGGAGUCGAUCUCGACUUUCCUCCGGGCAGCAGAGCCGUGUGCACUGCACCGGUCAGCGGGGCUACACCACGGCACUUUGGGUAACUCGCACAACGGUGGAUCCUGCGGUUUCCCAAGGCGCAUCGCUCAUCCGCGUCCCGCACCAGGAACAGCAGAACACAUUGCCAUGAAUGGUUUGGUCAGUCAGCAUAGGUGACUUUUGACUUUAUUAUUUCCCCCUUUUCUUUUCGUUUUGGGUUUGUCUAACGGAGGGGGGAAAUCACAGUGGCAGCCUAAGUCCCAAACUCGCACUGUGCGCGUAAGGAGGGUAUUUUUUCCCAAGAUGCAGGUGGAUCGCAGCUAUGUGGUUUUCAGUACGUGGUGUGCGUGUCUGCUAUUACUUUUGUCAACUCUGAGCACCAGGGCCGCUAAGGUGGAAGGCACGUACCAAAGCAUCCCUCCGUCCGUGGUGAAGCUGUGGGCUUCAGCUUUUGGUGGGGAGAUGAAGUCCAUCUCAGCAAAGUAUUCUGGCUCUCAGCUGCUGCAGAAGAAAUACAAGGAGUUUGAGCGGGCAGUACGGGUGGAGGAGAUUGAUGGGCUGCGUCUGGUGAAGAGGCUGGCAGAGGACAUGGAGGAGAUGUUUCACAAGAAAGCCCAGGCAAUGAAGAGACUGGUGGAGGCUGCAGAAGAGGCUCACUUACAGCACGAGGAGGAUCCAAACUUGCAGUAUGAAUACUUCAAUGCAGUGCUGAUCAAUGAGGUGGAUGAGGAGGGUAAUAGUGUCGAGCUGGGGGGAGAAUUCAUUCUGCAACCUAACGACCACUUUAACAACCUGUCAGUCAACCUCAGCCUCAGUGUGGUCCAGGUGCCUACGAACAUGUACAACAAAGACUCUGCUAUUGUCAACGGAGUGUACUGGUCUGAGGCCUUGAACAAAGUGUUUGUGGAUAACUUUGAGAGAGACCCAUCACUCAUAUGGCAGUACUUUGGCAGUGCUAAAGGCUUUUUCAGACAGUACCCAGGGAUCAAAUGGAAACCAGACGAACAUGGGGUCAUAGCUUUUGACUGCCGGAAUCGGAAGUGGUACAUCCAGGCUGCCACCUCUCCAAAGGAUGUAGUCAUUCUGCUGGAUAUCAGUGGCAGUAUGAAAGGCCUCAGGCUUACUAUUGCCAGGCAGACUGUCUCCUCCAUACUGGACACUCUUGGAGAUGAUGACUUCUUCAACAUUAUUGCUUACAAUGAGACACUUCAUUAUGUGGAGCCAUGUCUGAAUGGAACUCUUGUCCAAGCAGACGUCACCAACAAAGAUCAUUUCCGGGAGCACCUCAACAAACUGUUUGCUCAAGGCAUUGGUAUGUUAGACAUGGCUCUAACUGAAGCCUUCAAUCUUCUCAGUGACUUCAACAAGACUGGGAGGGGUAGUGAGUGUAGCCAGGCCAUUAUGUUGGUGACAGAUGGGGCAGUGGACACAUAUGAUGCCAUCUUUGCCAAGUAUAACUGGCCAGAGAGGAAGGUCCGCAUAUUCCCCUACCUGAUUGGUCGCGAGUCAGCCUUCGCGGAUAAUCUGAAAUGGAUGGCAUGUGCUAACAAAGGCUAUUUCACUCAGAUUUCCACACUGGCAGAUGUGCAAGAGAAUGUGAUGGAGUACCUCCACGUGCUGAGUCGUCCCAAGGUCAUCGACCGGGAGCAUGACACGGUGUGGACCGAGGCCUAUGUUGACAGCACUCUCCCACAAGCGCAGAAGUUGGAAGAUGGUCAAGGUCCAGUUCUGAUGACCACAGUGGCAAUGCCGGUGUUCAGUACCAAGAAUGAAACUAGAAACCAUGGCAUCCUGUUAGGAGUGGUUGGGACAGAUGUGCCUGUGUCUGAGCUGCUCAAGAAGAUCCCCAAAUAUAAGCUGGGCAUUCAUGGCUACGCCUUUGCAAUCACCAACAAUGGCUACAUCCUCACACACCCGGAUCUCCGGCCACUUUAUGGGGAUGGCAAGAAGCGAAGAAAGCCAAACUACAGCAGCGUGGAUCUGUCUGAGGUGGAGUGGGAAGAUAAGGAUGACACACUGAGAAAUGCCAUGGUUAACAGGAAGACGGGGACCUUCUCCAUGGAGGUGAAGAAGAGUGUUGACAAAGGGAAACGUGUAUUGGUGUUGCAUAAUGAUUAUUACUACACAGACAUCAAGGGGACUCCUUUCAGUCUAGGAGUAGCUCUUUCCAGGGGCCAUGGAAAGUUCUUCUUCAGAGGAAAUGUCACAGUGGAAGAAGGACUUCAUGACUUGGAGCACCCUGAUGUAGCGCUGGCAGACGAAUGGACAUACUGCAACACAGACGAGCACCCAGAGCACCAUUACCUGUCCCAGAUAGAGGCAAUCAAACUGUACCUCGGUGGACAUGACCCCUACUUACAAUGUGACAGGGAGCUGAUUCAGGAGGUUCUCUUUGAUGCAGUUGUGACUGCCCCUUUGGAGGCCUACUGGACCAGCCUUGUCCUAAAUAAGUCUGAGAACUCUGAUAAAGGAGUGGAAAUAGCCUACCUGGGCACAAGAACAGGCCUGUCCAGAAUUAACUUGUUUGUGAUGCCUGAUGAGCUUUCAAACCAAGACUUCCUGACAGCUGAAGACAAAGAGGGGGUGUUCAAUGCUGAUCACUUUCCCCUGUGGUACAAGAGAGCUGCAGAACAAGUUGCUGGAACCUUUGUCUACUCUCUUCCUUUCAAUACAGGAUCAGAAAACAAGAGUGUUGUACUGGCCAGCACUGCCAUUCAGCUUCUGGAUGAGAGGAAAUCACCCAUAGCUGCGGCUGUGGGCAUCCAGAUGAAACUGGAGUUCUUUCAGAGGAAAUUCUGGACAGCCAGCAGACAGUGUGCAGCAUUAGAUGGGAAAUGCUCCAUAAGCUGUGAUGAUGAGGAUAUUAACUGCUACCUCAUUGACAACAAUGGUUUCAUUCUGGUAGCAGAGGACUAUACUCUGACUGGGAAAUUUUUUGGAGAGGCAGAGAGAGCUGUAAUGAAUAAGCUUCUGCAGAUGGGCUCUUUUAAGAGGGUCACUCUGUAUGACUACCAGGCUCUGUGUUGGGUCUUUUCAGAGAGUAGUGACAGUGGACACACACUGUUGGAUCCUUAUUUUGCUGUCUUCUCAGCUGUGAAGUGGAUCCUGACUGAACUUGUCAUAUUCCUGGUUGAGUUCAACUUGUACAGCUGGUGGUACUCUGACCUCACAACUAAAGCUCAGAGGGUAGGUCGGACCACGCAGGUACCAUGUGACACAGAGUAUCCAGCCUUCAUCUCCGAGAGAACCAUCAAAGAGAACACAGGCAACAUUGACUGUGACGGCUGUAUCAAGUCCUUUGUGAUCCAGCAGAUCCCCAGCAGUAAUCUCUUCAUGGUGGUGGUGGACAACAAAUGUGACUGCAGCAUAUUUGAUCCAAUCACUAUGGACCCCAUCGAAAUCAUGUACAAUGAAUCUCUUAAGUGUGAGAGACUGAAAAUACAAAAGGACAGGAGGCGCCCAGAUACCUGUCACCCUUUUCACCCAGAGGAGAACUCAAUGGAGUGUGGGGGAGCUACGAGUGUCACCUUGUCUUUUGCAGCAACCUUGUUUUGCGUCUUCCUGGUGCUGUUUUCUAGGUGACCAGAGCUGGACACGUCUCUGUCCAGAACUUGACCUGGAUCAUCUUGACUCGGCAUGCAAAAGAAUCGCAACAAUGCCACAAAAAAAAAAUUCAUUUGUUUUGAAUCACUUCUGCUGCCACUUUUACAAUUGUGCCCAAUUUCAACAAAGCCCCUAGCUCUGAGGUACCUCCCUAUAAGGUCUUUAUUUGAAAGGACUGGUACUGGAUAGCGAUUACGGCUGCUAAGUAGUGAUAAUUAAAGUGCUUUAGCAAUAUCUCAUGAGCUGCACAGAAAGUUUGUGGGGAAAGAUGCAAAGUUUUGAACAGCAGAAUAAUGAUAAAACUGCACUUUGUAGCUUAAAAAUUGCACAGGUGGUCCAGUUAUACACAGUGACACACCCAGCAUUAUGCUCAGUCCUUUCAGUUAGCAGCUAAGGGCUAGGGCCUGUAGAUGAGCUUGGAAGUGGGCAUUAGACAUUAGAGCCAAGUAACAUCCAUGUGGAAAAAGACAAGUGCAUCUUUCCCAGGUCUGCCCUGAUUUUUCAUGGACAAUGAUGAACAUAAUUUUGAAAAUAAAGAAGGUGGCUGGGGUUGUCAUGAAAUGUUUGUCCAAUGAU